ACGGGACACCAACGUGACAACUUCAGCUGCUGUAGCUGAAGCUCCGCAAGGAAGAUGAGCACCAAACAGGUGACCUGCAGGUACUUCCUUCAUGGUGUGUGCAGGGAGGGCAGCCGCUGUCUGUUCUCUCAUGACCCAACCAACAGUAAACCCUCCACCAUCUGCAAGUUCUACCAGAGAGGAGUGUGUGCCUAUGGAGAACGCUGCAGGUAUGACCACAUCAAAUAUUCAUCCAGAGGGGGAGGGGGAGGAGCUUCAGAGGAUCAGGCAGGUGUCAGAGGAGCUGGAGGCGGGCCUUCACUCAGAGGAGGAGUGAAGAAGACACUGGUCCUCAGAGAAAGAGUCGUGGGUGUAGACAGUAUGUUCGGGGGUCCAGUGGACAGUUUGGGGUCAGAGGUCACGGCAGCAGCAGCAGCAGCUCCUCAGUCUUAUGUGGACGCCAUCAGGACGGGUCUUGACGCUUCAGCACAGGAACAAGCCCCUCCCCCAGUGGGCGGGGCUUACCAGGACCCGCCUCAGCUGUGUCCCUACGCUGCCGCUGGACAUUGUUACUAUGGAGACAACUGUACGUAUCUCCAUGGUGAUCUGUGUGAGGUGUGUGGGCUGCAGGUGCUCCACCCCCAUGACCCCGAGCAGAGGAGAGCGCAUGAGAAGAUGUGUCUGCUGGCCUUUGAGGUCGACAUGGAAAAAGCUUUUGCAGCCCAGCUGAGCCAGGACAAGGUGUGUUCUAUCUGCAUGGAGGUGGUGGUGCAGAAGGCGAACCCGUCGGACCGCAGGUUCGGUAUUCUGUCCUCCUGCUGUCACACCUUCUGUCUGGCCUGCAUCCGACAGUGGCGCUGCACCAGAAACUUCAGCAACAAGAUCAUCAAGUCGUGUCCAGAGUGUCGAGUCACCUCAGAGUUUGUCAUCCCUUCGGUCUACUGGGUAGAGGACCAGGACGACAAGGACCACCUCAUAGACCUCUUCAAGUCUGGAGUCAGUAAGAAGGCCUGUAAGUACUUCGAUCAGGGUCGAGGAUCGUGUCCAUUCGGCGGGAAGUGUUUGUAUCUUCACGCCUUCCCAGAUGGAACCCGAGCAGAACCCGACCGGCCGCGGAAACAGCUGGGCUCCGAGGGGAACGUCCGGUUCAUGAACAGCGUCCGUCUCUGGGAUUUCAUCGAGGAGCGCGAGCAGCAGUCGGCCACACCCCUGCCUUCCCUCAAUGAUGACAUCACAGAGCUGAGGGAACUCUUCAUGCAGAUGUCGGGGCCGAGCCACGAUUGGCCCGAGACCCCGCCCGCCGCAGACCAGUAGAGACCGGAUCUGAGCACGUCCUCGGCGGCGGUGCGACUAACGAACCAUCACCCCCCCCCUCCCCCAACCUGCCUCAGCCCCACUGUGAGUGGAACAUGCAACCCUCAACAACACAGACACCUAACAGUGACUUUAUUCUUCAUUCAAUCCAUGAAAAACUGAAAACUGUCGAAUCAUGACGCUCAGAAGAAGAAACAUUAAACAUUUAGAAGCUGGAAACAGUGAAUUUCUGCCAUUUCUGCUUAAAAAACAAGUUUGAAUUAUGUGUCAAUAGAUGCUGAUUACUUUUCUGUCAGUAGAUGAACUGACUCAUCGUUGAUGUCGACAUUCACAGUGUUCACAAUAAUAUGUAUGAUUAACAGCAGAGCACCGAUCAGGUGCACAGGUGUGCAGAUCUCUGCAGUCAGGAACCUGAACAGGUGUGUUUGAAGGUGAGGGUGGUCAUGCUCAAAGGUUGCGUGCCACCUUAAACAAACUCUCUGCUGCAGCUUUGAACCGGUCGCGUCCACCUGGGUGUGUGGAGCAGGUGUUGACGUGUUUGGCCACUAGAUGGAGACACUGAGGCAGAAGCUGCAGGACAGUUUCAGGGUGCGACUGAGCCUGCUGAGCGUUAUUUAGCAGUGAUAAAGCGCUGAUGUGCAGUACUUGUGUUCAGGGUCGACACGACUGAAAUAUGUACUUCGUAGUCUAAGUACUGCUCCUGUGGUCACAGUUAAAGUACGAUUGAGAAUAUUUAUGUAACAUGUUUCCACUCUUUCACUCUGUUUCCUAGUUUGUCCUGUUAAGAUGGAUGAACUGAGAUAAAAAUCAUGUGACCUUCAGUCUUUAUUGGACCGUCUGGUCUGAAAGUGGAAUUUUAGACAAGGACAGAAAAUAGUUGUCUACUUGUAAUUGUUGUUAAUCUGUUUGUGAGGCAGGAUUUUUAAUGAGUUCAUUAUAUAUGUCAUUAUUUUCUUGAACAUGUGUGUUUGACCGCUCGGCAUCUCUUUCAGUUUUACUGGCACUGAACCAGACCAGACCUGCUCUGAUUCUAAGAGGAUGAAAAAUAUUCCUGGUUUGGUUCCACUGUUGGUUGCUGUGUAAUAAACUACACAGAGUACAAUAAGUUGUGUAGAUUUUUACAGUAAACACAGUCCUGGGCUUUGAAACAGGUUGUAACAGCAUUAUGUUGCUUCCCUUUCUCUAAAAUUCACAUUCUUUACAUUUUCGGGUUCCCUCUGAAUUAUUCCGAGGUAGAAGUGUAAUGUACUUCAAAUUUUAAGUACAUUAUUUGAGUAAGUGUACUGCACCUUCCACCACACGUUGCUUUAAAGCUGUUUCUACUCUGUUCGGUCUGUAAUUCUGGUUAUUACAUAUUCUUCUAGACUCAUCAAGCCGUAUCAUUUAAAAGGUAUUUAGUGGUACACUAUUCUCAAAAUCAGCCUAAAAAAAUCCAAGCUGUGUAAUAUGUGUGUAAUUGUACAAUGUAAAUCCACUUUAUGUCAUUAAACCAUCCAGAUUCACAAAGAAUAUGAUCUCCAUGUAUACAUGACAAGAUUGUAUUUUUCUCUCUGGCCUGGUAAACAACCGUUAAAUUUUGGUCAUAAAAUAAAAUACUAAAUAA